AUAAUCAUGCGCGAGUUCAAGGUGGUGGUCUUAGGUUCAGGAGGUGUCGGCAAAUCCGCCCUGACGGUGCAGUUCGUCAGCGGCAACUUCAUGGAGAAGUACGACCCGACGAUCGAGGACUUCUAUAGAAAAGAGAUCGAAGUCGACCAGGCGCCGUGCGUGCUCGAAAUCCUCGACACAGCCGGCACCGAGCAGUUUGCAUCGAUGCGCGACCUGUACAUCAAGAACGGGCAAGGAUUCGUCGUCGUUUACAGCAUAACCAGCCAUCAGACCUUCCAGUUCUAUUUCGAUCGUGCUGUGACAUUUGGGCCGAAUCACUACGUCGACCAAACAGCCAGCGACUGGGUUCCUGGGGUGAGUCGGCCGCGAGGGGAGUGAGAGGCAUGCAAACGAGCAACGCCUUGCCGUAGAUUUUGAAUGUCACACGCCAAUAAAUGAUAAUCGUGGAGUCGUGUGCAAGCUAUUUCUAGAGCGAGAUGUAUAUAUAUUAAUCGAAUAGGAAUACUAGGUAUUCGAUAGUAGCCGAUUUUUCUCCGCCGUGAAUAUUUUGCAAUUGGACUAAAAUUACAGAUAAUAGCUCCCCAAAGGAUACCAAAGUCAAAAAAAAAGAUCGUACAAUAUUUCGACAUCGCAUGAAACGUUUCAACAUUUGACAUUUGCGCUUGAAUGGUUAUAAACGUUCUUUAUUGUAUAGGUAUUAUCCUAUGUUUGCUCGUUCGAAGUUAGUCUGAUUCAUAGAAUUCCCGAGAUGUUCUCUGUUCCGACCUGUAACUACACAACGUUUGUUUACGUACAGAGCGGAACGCUAGUCGACAGCUGGUUCGGUCGAUGUCGCUUGAUAUUCUAUGCAUCAUUAGGGCGCAGAGCGCCGAUUUGAUUUGGAACUUCGAUAUGUAAUAUUAAUACUAGAGGGACUCUUAAUUAUUGUUAUAAGUCCAUUGGCACAAAACCACGUUCUCAUAGACCUAGGUAUAUCGUUCUAUCUCGUGUAAAAGUAGAACGAAAUCUAGAAGAAAGGAAAUAGGACGGUGUAGCUGCGACUAGGGGGUGAGUUUGUGUUUGUUUAUACUAACAGGUGACGGCGAUAUUUUGAUCGUUGCAGACGUGUUUGUUGUUCACAUAUUUCUAUCCCAGUAGAAAGAAGUUUGUUUUCGUUCGAAACUUCUCGUUGGUGUCCGGGCAAUGAAUUUAAUACUAAUCUGAACUGGGACCAGCAAUAGCGUUAAACCCAUACGUACUUAGACACAGGAAUCUGCCGUAUUUCGUUGCUGAGAUACAUUGUUCUUUUAGGAAUCCCUAUUAUGACUGUAUCAUUCAGUUGAAUUAUUACGAUCUAUUUGAGUUAACGGGUUGCACUGCGUGGACCGUACGCGGUAAACCACGUCUCGUAUUUGUUUAUUUAAACGAGCUGUUUAAUCUACUGCGCAGCUGGACAUCGCUCCGCUGAUCUGCACGUAGUAGAAUACUUACGUCAUCGUCAGGUCAAUGCAAUUGGUGACAUCAUUCAGCCGAUUGUGAUUCACGUUCAAACUUCGAAAUAGAUUCAGCAUAUAGAUCGGGUGCCGGCAAAGCAGCGUUGACCGGGACGUCCUCAGCUUCGACGCCGUCGCAUCGAAAGGGUGGAGCGCAUCAAUGGAGCCCUAUCGUUCGUUGGAAUGGAGCCCACUGCAAAGUGUAGAUGUGUCAAUACUGGAGAGAUCCUUUUGGGCCGUCGUUGAUGCGGCGGAAUCUUUCGAAAUCCAAAGAAUCAUAUUCGAAGCAAUUGCUAAUCAGUGUAAGGUUGCCUAUUAUCGGAUUGGCUCGAAGCAGACCCUGAAGUUACGAUUAGGCAACAUUUCCAUUAUAUUCGCCCACAUUGCUUGCCUCGAUUAUCUCGACGGGCUGAUCGUUGCCGCUCUUACUAUCCUUCAGUGGCGAUCCGCUAUAAUUUUUUCAAUGCUAUUACUUGUCCGUAUUUUUAAGAUCAAAAUCGCCACCAGACCAGUACCCGCAACAUACUACUAGUAUCCAUCCAUCCAUCCAUCCAUCCAUCCAUUCUUGCACACAACAUACGUUUACAUCGAUCGGUUUCGUUAGCGCCGCUGUUCCAUUCCAUCGAAUAGAUGGACAUACAUACAAACCAAUAUACAGGCGGACGAGGUGCCACACAGCAAAUACUGCUCUUACAUAUACUGCCAUCGGCCCAUUCGGCCAACAAAUGGAGAGAGAUGAGAUGAAAUAAUGUUCCCCGGGCUUUGUCUCUUUUGUGUAGCUUUAAUGUAUUUGUAACGAUUCAAACUGCGGAACAUCUAUAGCAGCAGAGUCGAGCCACCGAUGGGUCCUCUCGUCGCUACCCUUAUAUAUUCCUCAUGGCGAUUUCUUUCGCUUCUCUCAUGGCAUGAACGGUGGCGACUACCGCUACAUCAGUUUCUGCGGCGUUCGGCGAUGUCUUCGACUGACUGAGUCCGUUUCGUCGGCGGCCAACUGCAAGCACAAGCAGUUGUCGGCGUUGUUGUAGCUGACGGGUCAGUGUUCUGUUUGUACAGUGCAUGCAGAAUCCAGUCACCAGCAGGUUUGUUUGCCAUUUGUAUUGGGCUUACUACCGCGUAUCCAGUCGGCGAUUGCGCUGGUGGUGCCAUAGUCGCGCAAAGCUUCGGCUACGGCUGUGCUCGAUGGUUUUCUUUCCGCUGCUGUUACUGCCGUCACCGUCACCGUCACCGUAAGCGGCGCCACAGCUGCCGGCAGCGUUGAUGAUGACUGUAGUGGUGACGCUGGCAGUUGUUCUCGGAGACCUUGUGGGUGGGCCUCUGGGUCGAUUAGGCGAUCGCUGUGUCUCCUAGACGGGCCCGAUCUUUUGGCCAGCGGCGGCAGAACACGGUUCAUCGCGUUCGUUCACAGUUGCUUUCGGCCGUCGGUUCGUUACAUCGCAUUGAAUUUUUUGGCCUGGAUUCGUUACCAGUAUAUUCUAUUGUAUAUUUGUGAGUAUAUUGGAACCAUUACGGAUAGUGAUCGUUUUCCGCCACCAGCAGCGGCAACAAUGUCACGGUGGUAACAUCAAUAGCAGCGACGCUAGCUUCCACUCACUGGAAAUUCUAUAACAAGUCUCAACGGUAGCCUCAGCUCUCAGAACAGUCGUUGCUUGCGGCAAACAACGGCAUUCGAUGGCUGUCUGGAAAAGAAGUGUUCCGAUGCCGUUAUCGCCGACCUCGCAACAAAAUCAUGAGCAUUAUUGUCGUUGUCAUUACCAUCAUCGUCACCAGCAGCAACGCGGUGAUGAAGAUGUUGAGGAGCACUUAAGACAAUGAUGAUACGAUGCUGGAUGAUUCCCGGUAGGAGACACGUAAGGAAACGGACAAGCUGAGAAUCUCAACGAGCAAGACAGGAGAGGGAGGAAGGGAGAAGCAACGUUCGAUAGUUCUCGGUACAAAUGGCGCUACUGCUGCUGCUGACGACGACCAAUGGUAGUGAUCGCAUUGUGUAUAAGAGGCAAACAAGUUUAUUGCUAUGGGCAGAUAGAUUAAUAAACGGGUGAUAACUAUUGACUGCUGGGCAAAAGGGGACUUCAGCGUUGGUUGCUAUUGCCAACGAUGCUCAUGCUGGUGAUGGAUGACGCGACGUCUGGUGGUAGCGACGCCGCUGGCAAUUGUGACUUGAUUUUGUCGCUAUUGUCGAAGAUAUCCUUGCUGUGGCAGCUGCAGUGAUGGCGGAGUGGCAGCUACAUACAGAUAUGUAUUGCACAGCACAAUACUGUACCGCAGAGUGUUUACGGACCAACAUUGUCAUCUUCCAGAAGCUGCAGCGGCGACAGCCGUCACAGAACUGAGCGCCACGCGAUCGCACCAACAACAACAGCCCUGAGCAGCUUGCAGGGUAUUAUCAAUACAAACCCUCACAUCGAUCGCUAGCGCCGCUAAACGGACGACGUUGUGGCAUUCAUUGUUGUUCUGUUUUAUUUAGAUCGCCAGUUAUUAUAGAAUCUAUAUUAUAAGAAAAGUUAUUAUAGAAUAGGAAGAAUAAUACAUGAAGGACGAAGGGCCAUCGAGAAGGCUGCUCGUUGCACGCUUAUGAGGAGGGCAACAAUCUAAGGGAUCCUUAAGAGCGCGUUAUGUCCUGGAAAGCCUUUAUUAGACUAGAGAAGUCCGCAAAGUCAGUCACAAGUCACAAGAGGACAGUGGCAACAGCAGCAGAUACAGAACACUCCUGGGUCUCGUUGCCACGUGGAAAGAAGAGGCUCACAGGAAAUGUACCUGCAUGAUCUUUAACGAAAAUAUAAAAUUAAAAAAAUGAUUACAUACGUGUGUCGUAUACGUGUAUUGUUAUAUGAAAUCAAGAAUGAUAGUACAUACGAAAUAUAAAUAUUAACUUUUUAUCGAGGAUUUUUAGAUAACCAAAUGAAAAAAAAGAUUAACAUUAGGAAAUCAGUUUUGUAUGGAAACCAGAUUAAACCUUCUUUCGCGGCGAGCAUUUCGUUGCGUCAUCCCUUGCUUUCAUGAAGGAAGGCGAACGCUGGACGUACGUUGUCUUCAGACAAAAAGAUAGCUUCACACACAUACACACAGAGCCCCAUAUUAAAUGGAUGACGAUGACGCCUCUUUGAAUGAGUGGAUAAGAAACUUUAAAGUAAAUGAAUGCUUUUUCUUAUGUGUGCGUUUGUUUGUAUAUAUAUCUGUACGCGGCCAAUAGUCGGUGUCGGCAUUCCGUUGUCACUUAGUGGGCAAACAAAGUCACGGACAAAUAGAAAUAUACAUACGAACGUUGGGCGCUACUACCAGUGGAAAAAAAACUGCCUCGAAUUUCUAGUAACUACAAGCAUAAUAAUGUCAGCUAUGUCUGACCAAAUCGAUACCUGUAGACAGACCAAUCGUUCGACAGCGGACGCUACUAAGGAGCUUUUGAAAAUCUCAAAGGCAAUAUUAUAUAGCCAAGUUAGGAUGUCGUAUCUACAGUAUCAAUGUGUGCACUUCAUCGGCCUAAUCCAGUUCAGUAUAAUCUCUAGAGCGUUGAUCAAACGCGUCAGUAAUUAGGUGAAUGCACGUUAUAUAUAGUACUGGUUAUUAUUAAGGGCUUACUAGCAUUGACAGUACCUCGCACAGAGUACUCUGUUAUACGGAUAAGAAGUAUGUGAGGACCAAGAAUAAUAACGGUUUCUUGCUGCGACAGGUAAUCAAUUUUUGGGGAGGCGAAAGAGAGGUGGAGAAGCUGAAGGAGACAGAUGGCUUCUCAAGGCGGGGUCAUCAUUCGAAAAGGGCCUUGCCUUACUGCAGUCAAGCCGUCCCGAUGACACUUGCCAUGUGUUAUAUGUGUUUGCUCUCUACAAACCGAUCAAUCAUCAUUGUUUUUCUCAUCUGCUGAGACGCUGCUUAGCACUGACUACGACCCUCACCCGAGGCUGUUUCAUGACGAAGACAUUGAUGCAUGCUCAGUAUCUUGUUAGUGUUGAUGAGGAACAGACUCCUCCGGAAACUUAGCCAUUUUAUCAAACGUGCCGAUUUAUACCGACGAAGCCCUAGUACUAGAUUACCAUAACGUUUUUGCAUUAUAGCAUCGCAUACAUUUUCAGUAUCUAUAGAAGAGUUUCCAAUGAGCGUUUGCGCUUUGGGUUUAAGAUAGUAAUUAAUAGAAAAAUAAAAAAACGGCUUGAUUAUUAAUGCCUUUAUUGUUAGGGUGGCGUCAGUCACAUGAUAGUUUUCGAUAAGUAUAAAUUUCAUUAUAGCGAUACAAUUGUUAUGGCAGACUUGCUUCGAGCAUAUAAUAAUACAGGCAGCAUCGGCAGGUUACAGUUGGUCCGUAUAAAUAGUUCUUCGUUAAGCCUGUAAAACUGCUGUUAAAGGACGGACGUAAAUUUAAUAAAUUUACGUACCGUGGCUGCCUGGCUGGACUCGUCGAAGUUUCAACGACAAAAAUACUCGACGAUGAGAGACAGCGGCAGCAGCACGGAAACCUCUUUCAUAAGCGGUCCGCUGCACACGCGAUUGUUGCGGCCGAAAUGGAGCUGUCAAAAACACCCUAUGGUUAGAAAAGAUAAGGGUCAAUGACCAUGAUGGACUCCCUAUAGGAACACGGGGAUCGUCGUUGCAUUUAGUGUAUUGAAACAAUUAUAUGAUGAUGAGAUCGAAAUGGCCUACUCGAUGCUCUGUUAACUAAGAAUUACAGUGGCCACAGCCUAAGGCAAAUUUUGUCAUCGGUGCGACGAGUUAUGCAACCU